AAAAUGCGUUCUUGUUCGUGGGAGGGAGAAAAAAGAAGACGAUCCGUUGGGCACAUUUUUGCACCCAAAUGCAAAUCCAAUCACCUCCACCAGCUUCAACCAAUACAAGCCAAUCAUUUCUUUUGGCUAAGAUCCAGAGUCUCCUGAAUCCUGACCAACGCUAAAAAGGAAUUCAGUACUCGUAGGCCAAUGCCGCACCGUUUUAACUUUUAACCCCAAACAAAUGAUGGCCGACACUCAACUCUGCCAAUACAUUUUCCGCCCCAUCCCCUCCGUGCGUCUCAUCUCCCACCGACCGAGCCCCACGCCCAUCAAACCCACCAGGCUUUCUCUCCAUUUUUUCAAAGGCAAAAGCUUCGCCUUUCAACCUGACAAAAACUUCAAGUGGGCCAUUGCUCUAAGCCUAGUGGACCAAAGCCCGCCAAAAUCCACACUCGACGUUGAACGGUUAGUGGGUUUUUUAUAUGAUGAUCUCCCUCAUCUCUUUGAUGAUCAGGGGAUCGACCGGAUGGCGUACGAUGAGCGUGUGAAGUUCAGGGACCCAAUCACCAAGCAUGACACCAUUAGUGGGUACCUGUUUAACAUAGCUCUCUUGAAGACACUCUUCAGGCCCGAGUUCCAAUUGCACUGGGUCAAACAGACAGGUCCUUAUGAAAUUACUACGAGGUGGACUAUGAUCAUGAGGUUUAUCCUUCUGCCAUGGAAACCAGAAUUGGUCUUUACAGGAACCUCUAUCAUGGGCAUCAAUCCAGAGACUGGAAAGUUUUGCAGUCAUGCGGACUUUUGGGAUUCCAUAAAGCAAAAUGACUACUUUUCUCCAGAAGGUUUGUGGGAUGUGUUAAAGCAGUUGCGGAUAUAUAAGACUCCAGACUUGGAGACACCCAAGUAUCAGAUACUGAAAAGAACUGCUGACUAUGAGGUGAGAAAGUACACACCAUUUAUAGUGGUAGAAGCAAACGGGGACAAAUUAGCUGGGUCGACUGGUUUUAAUGAUGUUACCGGGUACAUAUUUGGAAAGAAUUCCAGAUCAGAGAAGAUACCGAUGACUACUCCUGUCUUCACACAGGCAUUUGAUGCUGAACUGUCCAAAGUUUCCAUCCAAGUGGUUCUUCCAUUGGAGAAAGAUAUAAGUAGUUUACCAGAUCCUAAUCAAGAAACGAUUGGCUUGAGAAAAGUGGAAGGGGGCAUUGCUGCUGUUUUGAAGUUCAGUGGAAGAGCUUCAGAAGAUAUUGUUAAAGAGAAAGAGAAAUUGCUCCGCUCUUCUCUUAUAAAUGAUGGCCUCAAACCUAAGACAGGUUGUUUGCUCGCACGAUACAAUGAUCCAGGCCGAACGUGGAGCUUUAUAAUGAGAAAUGAAAUGCUGAUAUGGCUUGAAGAUUUCACAUUGGAUUGAUCCAUUAAGCAUGUCCAUCUCCUUUGACUAGCACUUCGGGUUGAUCAUUCUCCAUCCUUUUGAAUUUACCCUGAUGAUUUGUAAUGAAAAGGCAAUAUAGGCAUAGCUCAACAUCAUAGUUACCAGUCAGUGAAUAGGAUUAAUGUACAAGAAUUUGUCUGCAAUCACAGUAUUAUGCUGCUUCUUCCUACUUUUAUUUAUUAGCUAUUUCGUUUUUA